GGCGCACUGUCAAGGCCGAAGAGCCCUGGGAACAGACAGGGCGCGGGGCCAAUCCCAGCUGGGCGCGCACCGGGACGCUGAGCGAGGGAGGAAGUGACCUUGGAGCGGGACCUGUCGGCGGCUGAGGUUCCAGGGAAAGGAGGGAAGGGCAUUUGAGAUAAUUCCUGAAGAUGGCAGAAGCUCACCAAGCUGUGGCCUUUCAGUUCACGGUCACUCCGGAUGGCAUUGACCUGCGGCUGAGCCAUGAAGCUCUUAGACAAAUCUAUCUCUCUGGACUUCAUUCCUGGAAGAAGAAGUUCAUCCGAUUCAAGAAUGGCAUCAUCACUGGCGUGUACCCGGCGAGCCCCUCCAGCUGGCUUAUCGUGGUGGUGGGCGUGAUGACAACAAUGUACGCCAAGAUCGACCCCUCAUUAGGAAUAAUUGCAAAAAUCAAUCGGACCCUGGAAACGACUGACUGCAUGUCCAGCCAGACGAAGAACGUGGUCAGCGGUGUGCUGUUUGGCACUGGGCUGUGGGUGGCCCUCAUUGUCACCAUGCGCUACUCCCUGAAGGUGCUGCUGUCCUACCACGGGUGGAUGUUCGCUGAGCACGGCAAGAUGAGUCGCGCCACCAAGAUCUGGAUGGGUAUGGUCAAGAUCUUUUCAGGCCGAAAACCCAUGUUGUACAGCUUCCAGACAUCGCUGCCUCGCCUGCCGGUCCCGGCUGUCAAAGACACUGUGAACAGGUAUCUAGAGUCGGUGAGGCCUCUUAUGAAGGAAGAAGACUUCAAACGGAUGACGGCACUUGCUCAAGACUUUGCUGUCAGUCUUGGACCAAGAUUACAGUGGUAUUUGAAGUUAAAAUCCUGGUGGGCUACAAAUUACGUGAGCGACUGGUGGGAGGAGUACAUCUACCUCCGAGGACGAGGGCCGCUCAUGGUGAACAGCAACUACUAUGCCAUGGAUCUGCUGUAUGUCCUUCCAACUCACAUCCAGGCAGCAAGAGCCGGCAACGCCAUCCACGCCAUCCUGCUUUACAGGCGCAAGCUGGACCGGGAGGAAAUCAAACCAAUUCGUCUCUUGGGGUCCACAAUUCCGCUGUGCUCCGCGCAGUGGGAGCGGAUGUUUAACACGUCCCGGAUCCCCGGAGAGGAGACGGACACCAUCCAACACAUGAGAGACAGCAAGCACAUCGUCGUGUACCAUCAAGGGCGCUACUUCAAGGUCUGGCUCUACCACGACGGGCGGCUGCUGAAGCCCCGGGAGAUGGAGCAGCAGAUGCAGAGGAUCCUGGACAACACCUCGGAGCCUCAGCCUGGGGAGGCCAGGCUGGCAGCCCUCACCGCAGGGGACAGAGUUCCCUGGGCCAGGUGUCGCCAGGCCUAUUUUGGGCGGGGGAAAAAUAAACAGUCUCUUGAUGCCGUGGAGAAAGCAGCGUUCUUCGUGACGUUAGAUGAAACUGAACAAGGAUACAGAACGGAAGACCCAGAUACAUCGAUGGACAGCUACGCCAAGUCUCUACUACAUGGCCAAUGUUACGACAGGUGGUUUGACAAGUCGUUCACGUUUGUUGUCUUCAAAAACGGGAAGAUAGGCAUCAACGCGGAGCACUCCUGGGCAGACGCGCCGAUCAUGGCCCACCUUUGGGAGUACGUCAUGGCCACUGACAGCCGCCAGCUGGGCUAUGCGGAGGAUGGGCACUGCAAAGGCGACACCAAUCCGAACAUUCCGUACCCCACCAGGCUGCAGUGGGACAUCCCGGAGGAAUGUCAAGAGGUUAUAGAGACCUCCCUGAACACUGCAAAUCUUCUGGCAAACGACGUGGAUUUCCAUUCCUUCCCAUUCGUUGCCUUUGGUAAAGGAAUCAUCAAGAAAUGUCGCACGAGCCCAGACGCCUUUGUGCAGCUGGCCCUCCAGCUGGCGCACUACAAGGACAUGGGCAAGUUUUGCCUCACAUACGAGGCCUCCAUGACCCGGCUCUUCCGAGAGGGGAGAACGGAGACCGUGCGCUCCUGCACCGCUGAGUCGUGCGACUUCGUGCAGGCCAUGGUGGACCCGGCCCAGACGGUGGAACAGAGGCUGAAAUUGUUCAAGUUGGCGUCUGAAAAGCAUCAGCAUAUGUAUCGCCUCGCCAUGACCGGCUCCGGGAUCGAUCGUCACCUCUUCUGCCUUUACGUGGUGUCUAAAUAUCUUGCUGUGGAGUCCCCUUUCCUUAAGGAAGUUUUAUCUGAGCCUUGGAGAUUAUCAACAAGCCAGACCCCUCCGCAGCAAGUGGAGCUGUUUGACCUGGAGAAUAACCCAGAGUACGUGUCCAGCGGAGGGGGAUUUGGACCGGUUGCUGACGAUGGCUAUGGUGUGUCGUACAUCCUUGUGGGAGAGAACCUCAUCAAUUUCCACAUUUCUUCCAAGUUCUCUUGCCCUGAGACGGAUUCUCAUCGCUUUGGAAAGCACCUGAAAGAAGCAAUGUUUGACAUCAUCACUUUGUUUGGUCUCAGUUCUAAUUCCAAAAAGUAAUUACACGGAGCUGCUGGGAAGGAAAACGAGCUCUCCUGAUGCAAACCAAAUGAAAAAUAGGCAUUAAUCCUGAUCUUAGUUCGGGAUGAAACAUUGCUCUGAAAAAAACUCAGAAGUUUUCCUUCCAGAAAA